UCGAUGGUGCUGCUGAAGUUUUCAAGAUGUCGUCGCUGGAGCAGAGACUCUCCCGAAUCGAGGAGAAACUCAAGCAGGAAAAUAAAGAAGCUCGCAAACGAAUCGACCUGAACAUCGACAUGAGCCCGCAGCGGUCGCGUCCGAGGCCAAUCAUCGUGAUCCAGCUCAGUCCAGCUCCAGCCCCUUCCCAGCGCGCAGCUCUACAGUUACCAUUGGCCAACGAUGGAGGAAGUCGCUCGUCCUCCUCAGAAAGCUCUCCUCAACACCCCUCGUACCCCAGCAGACCCCGACAAAUGCUUACGCUUCCCACCCCACCUUACAGCCUACAGAAAAGCCUAGAGAAUGCUGAAAUUGAUCAAAAGCUGCAGGAAAUUAUGAAACAAACAGGAUAUUUAAAGAUUGACGGACAGCGUUACCCUGCAGAGGUGACGGAUCUGAUCAGCGAGGGAGAGAUUGGCAGUGGAACCUGUGGGCAGGUGUUUAAAGUUCGCUUUAAGAAGACUGGCCAUGUCAUCGCAGUUAAGCAAAUGAGGAGGACGGGUAAUAAAGAUGAGAACAAGAGAAUCCUCAUGGAUCUGGAUGUUGUAUUGAAGAGUCACGACUGUCCGUACAUCAUUCAGUGCUACGGAGCAAUAGUCACCAAUACGGAUGUGUUCAUUGCCAUGGAACUAAUGGGGACGUGUGCAGAGAAGCUGAAGAAGCGGAUCCAGGGGCCCAUACCGGAGGCCAUUCUGGGAAAGAUGACUGUGGCCAUUGUAAAGGCUCUGCUUUAUCUAAAAGAGAAACAUGGUGUCAUUCACCGAGACGUGAAGCCAUCUAAUAUCCUGUUGGACGCCAAAGGGCAGAUCAAACUGUGUGAUUUUGGCAUUAGUGGCCGACUGGUAGAUUCUAAGGCCAAGACUCGCAGCGCCGGCUGUGCUGCGUACAUGGCGCCUGAGAGAAUAGACCCUCCAGACCCCAGUAAGCCAGACUAUGACAUCAGAGCUGACGUCUGGAGUCUUGGCAUUUCUCUGGUGGAGCUAGCCACGGGACAGUUUCCUUACAAGAACUGCAAGACAGACUUUGAGGUUCUCACCAAAGUUCUGCAAGAGGACCCGCCGGUCCUUCCUCUCAGCAUGGGCUUUUCCCCUGACUUUCAGUCCUUCGUCAAAGACUGCCUCACAAAGGAUCACAGAAAAAGGCCAAAAUACCACAAGCUGCUUGAACACAGUUUCAUCCGUCGUUACGAGGUGUCAGAAGUAGACGUGGCGGGUUGGUUCCAGACGGUGAUGGAGCGCACAGAGUCUCCUCGCAGCAGUCAGUGCUUCAGCCAUCACCAGCUCCACUCUCUCUUCAGCAGGUAGCCAGGCGGAGAACGAGAGAAACGGAGGGAUGGCGGGAGAGAAAAAAAUGAUGCGAUUUUGAGAGGUUGAUUUAGAGACACAGAUGGACAGGUUUGAAAUAUAAAUUAUGUAAACGAAAGCGUGGAGAUGGACCGUUUGAGAGAAAGAAAUGGCUGAAACGAAAGCGAGAAUGUUCAUUUGGGAGUUUGACUGAUCGACAGACAAUCCUGGGCAGGUUUGAUGUAAAUCGGAAAUAUUUUUGUCCUUCUCAUCCACCCAUCGAACAGGAUGGACCAUUACAGGUUGCAGUCUAACAGAGUCACUGUGACGCGCGCACGCACGCACAUUUACAGUAACACACUGUUUCACUAAAUCACGAUCGCUGAAUGCCGUAUAAAGAGCAAAGCGUACAGUCCGUUCACUUCAAAAUCCAAAUCCACACGUCAUGGAAUCCUCCGUAGCCCCUUACUCAGGGACUGAACAGAGUAGUCGAACAACACUGUGCAAUGGUGUGUGUGUGAGUGUGUGUGUUAUCCGUUUAUUAGUCCUAGCUCUUCACUUUCCUGUACAGUUUAAGUACACUUAGCCGUUAGGCGAAUCUAAGCAAAUAGAAAUUAGCAACAUAAUAGCAGUGUGAUAUAUCAAAAACUAUGUUUUAUAGAAGUAUUCUUUUGCUAGCAAGCAUCAGCAGAUAUUUCAGUAAUUGUAACGUUAGUGAUUCUUAGUCGUAGAACUUCUAAUCCUUGGUGUUUAGAUUGUUAUAACUAGUUUGGUCUGGAAUUUCAUGUAUUGGAAUAGAUAUAUUGGCUAUGAGAGAAGGUCGUAUGUGAAGAUAAAACUAGUGGUUGAGCGAUAAGUCUAAUUUAAUACGCAGCGACAACUAUAAACAAACAAUUUUGGUUUGUUUUUCGAAAGCCUCGCAUUGGUUCAACCAGUGGUGUAAAUUUGGGGCGGGACUAUCUGCUUUGUCCGACCACUUUCAUUGGCCGAUAAUCUCAAAAUGCCCAAGUAUCGGACUUUUAUAUCGGUCUACCACUAGAUAAAACACAAAAAAAUUAGCCCAGAAUGUGUAAAGUCGUACACAGUGCACACCUCAGGAAGACGAGUGUUAGAAAUGUGUAUUUUAACCAGAUUUAGCUGUGUUUCAGUCUUAGAGCGUGAGGAAGAAACCGCAAUCGAGUCACCAAAAGCGUAGAUGAGAUUGUUGUCAUAGUCACUCAGAGUGGUGUUGAGAGACAAGCGGGGGAGUUGGAGUUUGUUCGGUUUGUUUCGAGCGUUUCCUCCAUGAGAAUAAAAAAAAUGUCUCAUUUUGUGAGUGGAACAUUUCUGCUCUGAUUCACCCGGCUCAUCUACCCAGACAACCGUUCAUCAUUUCAUUCUCUUUUUCCCAUGAGCAUUUGAGUUCCUGCAAACCAAAGCUUGUUUUUUUUUUUUUUUUUUUUUUUUUUUUUGUUUGUUUGUUUGUUUGUUUGUUUGUUUGUUUGACACAGCACUGCUUUUUUUCUGGCCAGCUGUUGUUCUCAGAGGAUUUCAGCACCUGCUCGUGGGUCGCGCUGAAGAUGUUCAGCGACUUUCACAACCAAAGCUGUAGAGUGUAAGAUUCACUGCUUUAAAAAGCCAAAUCACUGCUAGACUGAGUGCGAGAAGAAUGAAAACUUGACUAAACGAAUGAGAAAAGAGAGAUUCAGAUGGUAACAGUACGUUGAGACGGGAAGUACGGUGCUAUAUAAGGGAUUGAAGAAAGAGUCAUGAACGUAGGAGAGGAAAAUAGGAGGAAGGCAUAUAGAAAGUAUUAAAGAAAGUCUCCAGUGAAGUCUUAUGGAAAGUAUCAGCUCAUGUAUAGAGGUUUGCUGAGGUUGGUUGUUUUCUAGAUCGCUAGCUGGAUGUUGCAUAAAAGCUUUUGAUUUUUUUGAACCAAUGUACCAAUUUUUAUUUUUAGGGGUUGAUUAGUUUUUGCGUCUUACUGUUUUCAUUAUCCUUGAAACGUUGUUUGCUAUUAUUAUUACUAUUAUUAUAUUUAUUUAUUAUCUUGCUGCUACUGUUUACUUUAGAUGCUGCUGUCGAUGAUUAUAUUCCCCAAAGGAUAAUCCUUUUUGUUUCUGAACCAAAUGCAUAAAACACUGCAAUGUCUACACAUUUACCAAAUAUGAAAAUAAUAACCUGUAAAAUGCAUAAUGUCAUCCUUUAAGAGGCAAAAAAGAAAGCAAGCGAGGAGAUGAAGUAAACUGAGAAUAUAUAGACCUAUAUCUAUAUUUAUAUCUAAAUGGUUUGUUUUUGAAACUACGCCACUAUGCCAACUCACACAAGCAUCACCGCUCACUGUAGGCAACUAAUAAGAAUGACUUCCAGUUACUUCCAGGUAAUAUCUAUAUAUAUUUGAGCUAGAUUUUCUUUUGUUACACCAUUAGCUGUGGGUCACGCAGGCAGAUAUGUUUGUAAUUGUCCUCCUGUGUCCGUCCUGCGGUGGAUGAAUUCAUAAGUUUUAUUCUAAUCGAACUCAUCAGUCGUAAUGCAUUCUCCUCUUUAAAUAUUUGAGCUAUUUUGGUUAUGCUGUCAUGUUAAUUUUCAACUUUUUAGUCAAAGAAGUUUAGAUUUUGCCCCAAAUUUAGCAGUUAGCAGAUCUGAUCCUAGGGAUCUAAUUUUGGAAGUCCAUUAGUUUUCACUGAAUUGACGAAUCAAUUAAAAGGUCAGAAAAUACACUACUGGUCAAAAGUUUUUGAACAGUAUGAUUUUUAGUGGGUUUUUUUUCUCUUCUGUUCACCAAGCCUGCAUUUAUUUGAUUCAGAAUACAGCAAAAACAUUACAAUUUUGAAAUAUUUUUACUAUUUAAAAAUUUCUAUUUGAAUGUAUUUUACAAUGUAAUUUAUUCCUGUGAUGCAAAGCUGAAUUUUCAGCAUGAUCCUUCAGAAAUCAUUCUGAUUUGCUGUUCAAAAAGCAUUUUUUAUUAUUAUCAUCAAUAUUUUUAAAAAGUUGCAUACUUUUUUCAGGAUUCUUUGAUAUAUAGAAAGAUCAAAAAAAUGUUGGCGAAGAAAUUACAGAAAUUAAUAUUUUUAUUUAGCAAGGAGGCUUUAAAUUUAUCAAAAGUGAUGAUAAAAACAUUUAUAAUGUUACAAAAGGUUUCUAUUUCAGAUAAAUGUUAUUCUUAACUUUAUGUAAUAAUUUUUUUGAGCAAGUCAGCAUCUUACAAUGAUUUCUGAAAGAUCAAGUGACACUGAAGACUGAGUGAUGAUGCUAAAAAUUCAGCUUUGCAUCACCAGUGUAAAUUACACUUCACAAUAUAUUCAAAUAGAAAGCAGUUAUUUUAAAUAGUAAAAAUAUUUCAAAAUAUUUCAAAAUAAAUACAGGCUUGGUGAGCAGAAGAGAUGGCUUCAAAAAAACAUCCAAAAUCUUACUAUUCAAAAACUUUUGACUGGUUUUGUAUGUUAAAUGCUUUGUUUUUCCCUAACACUAUAUUUAACAAUGAUCUGUAACUCUUUACCUCCACCAGUUUCUUCACUCAAACGCCAAAUAGAAUCUCUAACAGGACUCUUUGCCGUCAACAUAACACUGAUUUCCUGUUUGGUGUUGAUGUUCAUCACAGAUCCUGUGGUGCCUGCCUGUCUGUCUGUCCGUCAUUCUCUCAGUAGACCUUAUAGAUACGACCGCAGCAUUACACACCAAAGGUGUCAUCAAUAAAACAAAUUCAAACCA